AUGGUCGGUGACGACGACCCUUCAUCACUUGCAUGGCUUUGGGUCAUUGAAGCCCUAUCAGCCUAUAAAGAAAUCUCUAAUACCACUUUGCAGGGUUUCAUUGAUGCAGCACCUGUGGGGAAUGAUAAAUUUAGUGAAAAGACAAAGGAAAUGGUUUCUUUGAGGUGUUUGGAGCAAAUGUCCACCAGUGUGGUUGACCCUGAAGCUCCUUCUACAUCGGGUUCCAGAUCUGAAUUUGAUUUUUCGCGGGGUUGCCAAGAUGUCCUCCAGGAAAUACUGAAUGAGAUUUAUACUGGAAAUAAUGAAAACAUGAUUUUUGUUGUUUCCAGGCUUCAGAUCCCAUUAUCAAAUCUUAAAAUGACUGGAGCAGAGCUUUUGAAAUCGGAUGUUUGCCCAUUUAUAAAUCACAAAAGAGCUAGCACUUUUAAAUGUCACUUAGAGCAGCUGAGAGAAGCAAUCUUGGAAGGUACUCAUCCACAUACUGAUUACUUGAAAGAAACGAGUGGAUUAUUUCCUCAGAAUAAUGGUUAUUCAGUGCUUGUAAAUGAUGCCAAACGUGAUGAUCAUUCAUCUAAGAAUGCUGGGACCUCCACUGAUACAGAAAACAUGGUACAAAAAGAUAACUCAGUGUCCUUAACUUUAGAGAAUUGGAAUAAAUCUUCAAAAGAACACGGGCUUGAUAAUAAUUCUUCACCCUCAAAGAGGAGUAGGCUUUACUCAGCUGCUGAUCAUCUGACAAAACACCAUGAAAAGCAAGUUUGUUUAAGUGAAUGUGUUGAUUUCUUUAGAACAUCAAAGAAGGUUAAACUUUCUGCAUCUACAAGUUUUGAGUCUAAGAAAGAGAAGCUAGAUUCUGAACUCCGACAGGAAGUGUCAGAGCAUUUAACUGAACGAAUUCUUCUAGUUUCUGAACAAGGAGAUCAUCGUGCAGAAAAUAGUAACAAGGAAACUCUGGUUGGUGGGUCCGCAGAGGAUAGUCACAAUAGAUGCGCUGCUUCAAAAUUGUGCCAACCCAGCAGCCAUAUUGAAGUCUCCCAUGAUGAAUCAAAUAUGCCUUUUAAUAAUGUUUUGAUGCCUCAACAUACAUUUGGAGGUGAACAUUCUCAGCAACUGCAGGUUGAGUCAGCUCCUCAUGUUGCACUUCCAGAUGGAAUCCAGCAUGAGAUUUCCAGAAGUAAACCUUGGUCUAAUCAUGAAAAAGAUUUACAACUAAAAGAUCCAAAUGACUCACAGCUGCAAAUUGCUGGUGCUCCAGAUCAUACUGGGUAUGAUUGUGGCGUAGAGAAAUCAGGUAAUAUAGUGUAUCAAGGUGAAAAGAUUAACCUCGAAGUGAAAAAGCAGGCAGAGCAAAAUCUUUGUUUGAAGUGUAAUGAAGGUGAUCAAUUAUGGAUUUGUGAUUUAAAUGUUGUCAAACCAGUGGUUCCUGAAUGUCGUCAUGGUAUGGCAAAUACCAUUAUGCAUCAGCAUAUCUCUGUUGCUGAACCUUGUAAUAAUACAUCUAUGGAUGAAUCUGAUGAUACUGCACAUCAUCCCAUUCCAACAAAUGAUGCUAAUGCAGAAAAUAUUCAUCCAACAAUUAAUUUACACCAACCCAAACAGACAGAAUCAGAUAUUGCAAUUUUCAAUCUCUAUCUCUCCCGGAAGCCAGUUGCUUGUGCUAAAACUAUAGUUGGUGGUGUUAAUGGUUGUGGAGCAGAGUUAUCGAAUGAUAGUGAUGAAUGUCACAAUGAAAAAGAAUAUCUUGAAGCAAAAAAACAUGAAUUCCUGCACUCCCACUACAAUCAAGAUUUUUCAGCAAUGAGCAAACCAAAUAAACAAAAUCUUUGCAUGAAGUGUAAUCAAGGUGGCCAAUUACUGGCUUGUAAAACAACUACUUGCCAAUUGAUGGUGCACGAAAACUGUCUUGGUGCACCUGCACAAUUGGAUGGGAAAGGCAACUUUGUUUGCCCAUUUUGUGCAUAUUCUCACACUAUUUCAGAAUACGUUGAAGCUAAGAAAAAAGCUUCCUUGGCAAGGAAAGAAUUAGCUAACUUUAUUACUAAAGGUAAAAUGAGUCAAGCUGUUGAGAGUCUUCUUUGUGAAUUUCAUACAGAAGAACAUUGUUUUUCACGAAAGAGUAGUAAGUUUGAACAUAUUUAUGUUGAAAACAACGAAGAUGAUCAGUUAACAAGGUGCGAAGACAAUAGAGAAGAUCAUGUUGGUGAGCAUGCAAAGGAAGCCAACAAUCUCCGGUUUGAAAGAUGUCAGCAACAAGCCCCUAUAUCAUGUAUCCGUUCAUCAUGCAGAGAAAAGGAAACUGUAAGCGAUGGAUCAGUUGAAGUUUUAAGAGAAGAGGAAAUAGGUGAAAUGUCAACUGCAAAGCAUUUAACUGGAGUUGAAGAAAAUUAUGUGCCAACUGGGCAUGUAAAUGGGCAUGUUGGUGGUGACAUAUUUACUAGUGAAAAAUCAAAUAUUGCCCUUGUUAAUAAAAGCAUUGCUGGAGAUGAAAGUCCACAAGAAAUGACAAAACAGCUAGAUAUUGAUGGAGAAAUAGAGCCAGUUUGUGCACAUUAUAGUGGAAAAGAGAAAUUUUCUGAAAAUGAAUGUGACAAGCAUAGUAUUCCUAGAUACUCCACGAGAUACCGUAAACAUGAAAUGCAAUCCAAAUUCCCAGCAAGCCCAGUAUCUCAGGGUAAUCAGUUAAAACGAAAGAAAAUUCCGUGGACAGCUGAGGAGGAAGAGAUGAUAAGGGAGGGAGUUCAGAAGUUUGGUAAGAAAUGGAAAAACAUUUUGGCAUUCGGUUCUCAUGUGUUUGACAAAGAUAGUAAGCGUCGUACACCACAAGAUCUGAAGGAUAAAUGGAAGAACAUGUCAUUUUUUUCUUCCCUCCAGAAACUCGGCAGAUGA